AAUAUUCCAAUAAAAUGCCCACGAGGAACGUACACUCCCAGGUCAAGCAAGCAGCCAUCCUUCGUUUCUACCAGAAAAGAACAGAGCCUCUGCCUCUACUUCCACCGAAUGGCGGCGACGGCGGCUGGGACCUCCCAUCCCUCCUCCCUCCUCCUCCCAAAAUCCUCUACGGCUUCCUCCCAGGUAACCCAACAGGGUCCCGGUCACCUCAGAAUCCCUGCUUCCUCUCCGCUCUCGAAGCUGGGCCUCGUCGCCAGGAACGGAGAUUUGUGCACCGCGAGAGCAGCAACAUCGGUGACCGUCCUGGAGACAAACUCGAGGUCUCCCCUCUCUGCCAAGAAGAACGAGAAGCCGAUCAUUGUCAUUGACAACUAUGACAGCUUCACCUACAACCUGUGCCAGCAUUUUAGAUGGCAGAUGUGGCCUUUGAACUUUGCUGUGAUGAUGAUGUUGAUACGGUACAUGGGAGAGUUGGGAUGUAAGUUUGAAGUCUAUCGAAAUGAUGAGUUGACUGUGGAAGAGUUAAAACGGAAAAAUCCAAGAGGAGUGCUCAUAUCCCCAGGACCGGGUGCACCUCAGGAUUCAGGAAUAUCAUUGCAGACUGUUCUAGAGCUUGGACCAAUAGUUCCGCUGUUUGGAGUGUGCAUGGGUUUGCAAUGCAUCGGAGAGGCUUUUGGAGGAAAAAUUGUGCGCUCUCCUUAUGGAGUCGUGCAUGGAAAAAGUUCUCCUGUAUAUUAUGAUGAGAAGGGGGAAGAUGGAUUGUUUGCUGGACUAUCAAACCCCUUUUUGGCAGGUAGAUACCAUAGCCUAGUCAUUGAGAAGGAGAGCUUCCCGAGUGAAGAGCUUGAGGUCACUGCUUGGACAGAGGAUGGGCUAAUUAUGGCUGCUCGUCACAAAAAAUACAAGCAUCUACAGAUCUUUGGUGCUGCUAUCCAUGAAUCUGCAAUCUCUUGCUCUCUGUACUCUCCCGGCACUACAGUAAUGUCUAAAUGUGAAAAUGCGCAGGGGGUGCAGUUCCACCCAGAAAGCAUCAUCACUACUGAAGGCAAGACAAUCAUCAGUAACUUUGUAAAGAUGAUCAAGAGAAAGGAGGCCGAAUUUCAGAACUAGCUCCCCUGAUGUAAUGUUAAAAUUGUAGUUUAGUUUCUCAAAGGGAAAGGAAUAAAUUUGGACCUCAAUUAGUUUAAUCAGUGUACCUCAUUUCAUAAUUCUUUAUCUGCCUGAUCAGACAUUUCACCAUCUCCAUGUUGGCAGCCAACAGAUUAGAAAUUUCAAAUACAUGGUGUUUUUAGAUUCUAGUUUGGCAAGCUGGUAUUUAUAUGGUCUAGAAAAUUCAACAUUGCAUAAGGCGAAAUUCGCCAUAUGCUGGCCAAUUUUGGAAUGCAUAUAUUCGUCAA